UUGGUAGCAACUAUACAUCAAAGAUUGGCGGCAGCGUGCAGACAAGAUGAGUCACCAGAAGAUUGCAGCAUACAACUUUUUCAAGGGUCAUCCUUCGACUGAUCUUCUUCCCGCCGAAGAUAUACUCAAGGCAUCCGAGAAGGUUCUUACAACAUUUAACAAAACUCUUGCACAUUACGAUGGUCAAAACGACACACAUCCUUUGAACUACGGCCCGGAUUUGGGCAACCUUGAAGUGAGAGCAUUAAUUGCCAAAUGGAACGACAAUUUAUUCAAAUUGGAGGAGAAAACGGACCCAGAUUGCAUAAAUUUGACGAAUGGGGCGUCUUUCGGAUUGAUGAAUCUUUUAUUGCAAUGCACGACGCCAUUGCACAAUGUCACCAAGAGAAUCUUUUUGAUUUCUCCAACGUACUUCUUGAUAAACUCAGCCUUUAUUGAUAACGGAUAUGCUGGCAAGUUGAGCGCAAUCAGAGAGUUAGACAACGGCGAAAUAGAUAUAGAUGAGAUUGAGAGACAAUUGGAAAGUAUUGAGUCCGAAACUCCGUCAAAGAAAGAUAUCACCAAGGAGGAUGUCCCCGAGAUAUACGAUCCAUAUCGGCCAGUGAAGAAAUUGUACAACUACCUGAUCUAUAUUGUUCCCACGUUUUCUAACCCUAAGGGAGGAACGCUACCGUUGGAGUCGAGAACCCGGUUAAUUGCUAUUGCGAGAAAGUACAAUGUUCUUAUCGUCUGCGACGAUGUCUACGAUCUCCUUGACUUUAAUGCAGGGAAAGAGAACCACAGUUACCACAAGAAAAUGGUUUACCUAGACAGAGAAACAUUGCCUGAGGGGGAGGAAUUCGGCAACGUUGUUUCGAAUGCCACCUUCUCCAAGCUUCUCGGGCCCGGACUUAGAACUGGGUGGCAGGAAACCGCCACACCAAAGUUAGCCAACCUGCUAGCUUCUGGAGGUGCAAACAAGUCAGGAGGCACACCAGGACAUUUCAACACCACCAUCAUCGCCGAACUGCUCAAGUCAGGUAAGGUGGACAAGAUUGUUGCAAACUUGAACGCAGUCUACAGCAGAAGAGCGGAGGUUUUGAAGGCUGCAGUCAGGAAAUACAUGCCCGAGGGGACCUCCAUUUCCCCUGUAGACGGCGGCUACUUUGCGUGGGUCACUCUUCCUGAGGGCUUUGAUAACCUGAAGAUCGCCAAGGAGUGUGCAAACCACGGCGUGGUUCUGGCCACCGGAGACAACUUUGAGGUCACAGGUGACCCGCUCGGGUGGGGAGAACACGGCGUCAGGAUCUCAAUCAGCUACCUGGACGAGACACAGAUAGAACACGGCAUCAAGAUCUGGGGAGAACAGUGUCAGGCUUUCCGCUUUUAGACAGAGCGUGUAUGGAUUAUCCAUUGAUACAUAGAUAG